CAGUUACCGUAGAAUUAGCUGUGUCAUGUGAAUCCAGCACCAGAGAUCCGGUUUAUAAGCCUCAUAAGACGCUUUGGUCCAGUAGUACAGUGAACGGGUGCAGACUAGAUAUCUCUAGAUCAUCGGAACGGAGGUUAUUGCAUUGCACCCAUCCAGCGCGCACAGAGAAAAUGGAGUUGGUCGUGCUAAUCGUCGGCGCUGGCCCAGCCGGACUGGCGACGGCGGCAUGCCUGAGCCAGCGCUCGAUCCCGUACCUGAUCGUUGAGCGCGAGGACUGCAGCGCGUCGCUGUGGCGCUACCGUACCUACGACCGCGUGAAGCUCCACCUGUCCAAGGAGUUCAGCUGCCUGCCGUACAUGCCGCACGAGGAAGACACCCCGACCUACAUCCCCAAGGCGGAGUUCCUCAAGUACUUGGACUGCUACCGCGAGCAUUUCGGCAUCAAGCCCAGGUACUGCACUUGCGUCGUGUCGGCAGCAUACGAUGAGGGAACCGGCCGCUGGGUCGUCGCCGCACGUGACACGGUCGAGGGCACGGAGAUCCGGUACGCGGCCAGGUUCCUGGUUGUGGCCACCGGCGAGAAUGGAGCGGGGAGGAUUCCGGAGAUCCAGGGUCUGGAGAGCUUCUGCGGGGAGGCUAUCCACUCCUCGACCUACAAGUCUGGAAAAAGCUAUGCCGGGAGAAGGGUUCUGGUGGUUGGUGCUGGAAAUUCCGGGAUGGAGAUCGCCUAUGAUCUUGCAAACCAUGGUGCCGACACCUCGAUUGUUGUUCGCAGUCCGGUACACAUAAUGCCCAAGGAGCUGAUCCGUCUCGGAAUGACAUUUGUCCAAUACAUGCCAGUUACAAUAGUUGACCUUUUCUUAGUGAAGCUAGCCGAUUUCAUAUUUGGUGAUCUAUCAAAUUAUGGCAUCGUACGGCCUGGAGUUGGCCCCCUACAACUCAAAUCCAAAACAGGUAGAUCUUCUGUAAUUGAUGUUGGGACAGCAGGGUUGAUUAAGAAAGGCGUCGUGAAGGUGUUCAAGAGGAUUUCGAAGAUCACUGGAAACAAAGUUCAGUUCGAAUGCGGGAAGGACUGCGAAUUCGAUGCCAUCGUGUUUGCAACAGGUUACAAGAGCAGUGCGAAUCUUUGGCUCAAGGCAGACGACAAGUGCAUGGUGAACAGUGACGGACGUCCAAACACAUGUCGUCCCAAUAUUUGGAAAGGAGAAAAUGGCCUCUAUUUCUCUGGUUUUAGGAGGAUGGGAUUGGCUGGUAUUUGCAUGGAUGCUUAUAAUAUUGCCAAUGAAAUCGUAUCUGUCUACUGAAGAUUUCUUGCUUGGCCUUUUAAGUCUAGUUAAAUCUAUAUUAGGUCUUGGUUAUCCGGUUCAUUGCAUCAAGAAAUCAGUAGUAGUGCAUGCAUUGGCUUGUAUGUCAACACAUUGUCCUAAGAUUGACUGUCUGUAAACGGUGCCUUUUAUGCAUAACAAUAGCUCUCAGUUGUUUAGAGUAUUUCUUGGUAGCUGAUGUUGAGCAUGCAAUACUAGAAUUCGGCUCUUUGCCAAGUGUCAAA